CUGAGGAAGACACUUGGUACUGCUGCUUCCAGGGGACUUUAUCUGCAUAGCCGUUCUGUGCAGCGUUCUGGAGAUCCUGCUAUUCUGCUCACCAUGUCCAGGAAAGUGUUGAAAAGUUUGCUUUCCCUUCUGGGUCUGUGUUGUUACAUAUGGGAUGGAGCAUCUGGCUAUGUCAUGAUGACCAAUUCAAACUCCAACUCCAACUCCAUCAAGAACUUGCCUGCUGCCCCAGCAGUGCCACCCAUGGGCUUCUACCCAGUCAGUGCCAGCCCGGACUCCUUCUAUGACAUGGCCAACAAAUACCAGUCUUUUGAUGCUUUCCCGCUCUAUAGUUGUACAGAGGAUGAUGACUGCGCUUUGGAUGAGUUCUGUCACAGUUCCAGAAAUGGGAACUCCAUGGUCUGUCUGGCUUGUAGGAAGCGCAGGAAGCGCUGUAUGAGGGACUCCAUGUGCUGCAUGGGCAAUUACUGCAGUAAUGGAAUUUGUGUGCCUCUGGAGACUGAUCAGGAACGUUUUCCUCAUGCUGGAUACUUAGAAGAAACUGUGGUGGAAAAUUAUCAUCCUGAGCAUGGUACAAUGGACACUCAGGCCAAGUUCACCACAUCGCCUGCUGGCAUGCAACAAUUUAAAGGUCGUGAUGGUGAUGUGUGCCUAAGGUCCACAGACUGUUCCCCGGGUCUCUGUUGCGCUCGCCACUUCUGGUCCAAGAUCUGCAAACCUGUUCUUGAAGAAGGCCAAGUGUGUACAAAACAUAGGCGGAAAGGUUCCCACGGGCUGGAAAUCUUCCAGCGUUGUCAUUGUGGAGCUGGUCUGUCAUGCAAAUUACAGAAAGGAGAGUUCACAACUGCCCCUAAAACAUCUAGACUUCACACCUGUCAGAGACAUUGAAUGGACUUAUGGACUUAAUAAUACGUUAAGACUUUGGUUGGCAGAUGACCUUCUCUUUGGAUGUACCUGUAUACUAUAGCAGUUUACAUAGACUACUUUGGCUCUACUUUGUCAGCCAGGGUUAGAUGACUUGUUUCUUUUUAUGGAACUGACUUUUAUUCACUGUUUGCAGUAAAUUACUGUGUUGUAAAUACAUAAAGACAACUCUGGUUGUAAAUAUUUAUGAAUAUAAGAGCUACACAAUUUCUUUCCCAUAUGCUUUGACUUGGUAUAUGUGGACGCACCUAUCCUUUUUUUAUAUGGUACCUAGAAUUUGUGUUUUUUAGACUGUCUGUAUUUUUAAUUGAAAUAAAUCCAUUUAAAACAUA